AUGGUAUCGCCCUCGGCCGUGGCUCCGCGAGCUUUUCGAGCCGCUCAGCCUAUUAAACAGCUAGUACAGAAAAGAGGUUUCGCAGCACCAGCCUCAGGAAGCUUCACCUACGAGACGGGAGAUGCUGCGGGAGUCAAAUAUGCCAGCAGAGAUCUUCCUGCAGCCACAACAACUCUGGCUGUAGUCGCAAAGGCUGGCUCGAGAUACCAGCCCUCUCCUGCCUUCUCCGACGCUCUGGAAAAGUUCGCUUUCAAGUCAACAUACAAGCGAUCUGCUCUUAGGAUAACACGAGAAUCCGAACUCUUAGGCGGUGAACUGUCUGCCAACCAUACUCGAGAAUUGCUUGUGCUACGUGCUAGAUUUAUGAAGGAGGAUCUCCCUUAUUUUACCGAACUGAUGGGAGAGGUCAUCUCUAAAACACGCUUCACUGCUCACGAGCUGUCCGAAGAGGUCGAGCAUGUCAUGAAGCUAGAUCAAAAAGGUCUUUUGGGAUCGCCUGCGAACCUGGCAAUCAACAGUGUACACGGAGUCGCUUUCCACCAUGGACUAGGGACACCGACGAAUGCCACUUCCUCUUCACCCUUCAAGAAAUAUCUCGACGCCCAAGCAAUCGCUGACUUUGCCGAUGUCGCGUAUUCACGAAAAAAUAUUGCUGUGGUCGCCAAUGGUGCUGAUCACCAAGAAUUCGCCAAAUGGGUCAAGGAAUUCUUCCAGGAUACAAAAAGUGGUAGUGACGUCUACAAGCUCAACGAAGAGCCAACCAAAUACUACGGUGGUGAAGAACGAAUUGCGCACGCUUCUGGCAACGUUAUGAUCCUCGCUUUCCCAGGUUCCAGCUCCUUCACCUCAGGUCAAUCCUUCAAGCCUGAGAUCCAGGUUCUGGCCACCUUACUUGGUGGACAAAGCUCCAUUAAAUGGUCUUCUGGUUUCUCUAUGUUGUCGAAAGCCACUGCCGACAUUCCUUUCGCGCACGUUACAACGAGAAAUCAUGCCUAUUCAGAUGCAGGUCUGCUUACUGUGACUAUAACCGGUACUUCAUCGCAUAUCGCCAAGGCAUCAAAAGCUGUUGUCGACACUUUAAAGUCUGUUGCUUCUGGAAAUGUAACUGACGAGGACAUCGCCAAAGCGACUGCACUAGCCAGAUUCCGAGCUCUUUCCGAAGGUCAGCAAACGGAAGCCGGUAUCGAGGCAACCGGAAUGGGUCUCAUCUUGAACAGCCAGCCAUAUCAAAUCGACGAGCUGGGUCAGAAAAUUGCAAAGGUUACUCCAGAUCAAGUCAAAUCGGCUGCCAAGUCCUUGCUCGAGCAGAGGGCUUCUGUCUCUUCUGUUGGUGAUCUGUUCGUUCUUCCAUGGGCUGCAGAUAUUGGUCUGAAAGUGUAA